AUGAACAAAUAAAUCAAACUCUCUGUUAGGAUAUCAAGAGAGCUAACAUUUAUUAAUGUCGAAGAAAUUGAAAAGUUUUUAGAGGAACACUAGUGGAUUAAAGAAAAAUAUUAAUAUUCAUCAAAUAUGGAUCUUAAUGAAAUAUAUGAUGAUCUACUUGAUUACUUAGAGUCUAAGAAGGAAAGAUAUUCAACUCUUAGCCAAAUUGUUACCCAAAAUAAAAAAUAAUAAAAUAGUGAACUAGCAAAAUUCGUAAGCCAAGAAUUUAAGGAAUAUAACUUCUUGAAAAAAGUUGAUGAGAUCAGAGAAUCACUUUCAGCCAACAAAUAAAAUCUUUAAAAUCAUCUCUAAUUUAUUUUGUGUUCAUUAGAAACAUUAAUUGAAAAUUAAAAUAAUAUUCCUGUAUAUAUACAUUUUGAUAAAUUUAAAUACACGAAGGCUGAUGAUCUUAUAAAUUUGUUAGAAUUUUUCGGAUUUAUUUAAGUGGAACCAUAAAAAUAAGGUUAAACUACACUAGAGUGCUAAAAUCCAGAUGUUAAUUUUACUCAAAAUGCCAUCGUCCACCUAAGUGAUAAUCUUAAAGAAGAUUUAUUCUAUGAUGAAAUACAAAUAUAAAAAGAAUAAGAAAGACAAAAAGAAAUAGAAAAGAAAAUGUAAUCUUUAAAUGCACACAAACACAAAUCUCAUAAUUUGUAUGAGUUCCAUAAGAAAUAAGAUAUCAAUGACUAAAAAUAAAAUAGUAUUUAAGCAAGAGUACAAGAAUAGAUUAAAGCUUAAUUAUUUAAAAGUAGAAAUCCUUUUUUAUAGAGAUAAGGUGUAACAUUAUCAGAUGCAGUUUAGCAAGCAUAAAGAGAAUCAUUUUAUAGUAGCCAAAAUGCUAAUUAAAAUAUUUAAGCUUAAUAAUAAAAAAAUGAUAUUAAAAUAUUUGAUGAAUUUGAAAAAUUAGCAGAAAAAGACAUUGCAAAACAUAUAAAUUAGUAUAGAUAUUAGUUAUAAUUAUCUGCUUUGAUUGUUAAUGAGGAUAUUUCAAAAGUUGCAAGAAAUCAUUCUAUAAAUAUGGGUCUAGAAAAAACUUCAUUUGGACAUGAAAACUUUUCUGAAAGAAAAGAAGUUAUUUGUUAAAUAUAUAAAAAGACUACUUUUACUUGUGAAAAUAUAUUUUAAUACUACACAUAUUUAGGCAUUGCAAAGAUGGCUUUAGAUUUUUGGAAAGAAUCUCAUGGAAAUCAUGAAAAUAUGAUUUCGAACUCAAACUAUAUAGGAGUUGGAGUUAAAAGAAACGAAAAAGGGAUAUGGUACAUCACAUGCAUUAUCUGUAGAAUUGAAGAAUGA